ACAUAUAUUACACAGGUAAAGCAAAACCACUAUUGAUAUGUCUGAUAAUAAUCUAACACCUAACACUGAAGUAGAUGAACAAGAACCAGAACUACAGACAUGGAUACGGUCUGAUUGUGGUAUAAAAGACGUGUGGGCUCAUAAUCUAGAAGAAGAAUUUGCAUCGAUUCGAAAAUUAUUGCCAAAAUAUUGUUAUGUAGCCAUGGACACAGAAUUCCCCGGAGUCGUAGCUCGACCAAUCGGUGAUUUCAAGACGGCUGCUGAUUAUCUUUAUCAGUUGUUGCGAUGCAAUGUUGAUCUUUUGAGAAUCAUUCAAUUAGGGCUUUCGUUUUUUGAUGAAGACGGUAAUACACCCAUUGGUCAAUAUACGACAUGGCAGUUCAAUUUUAAAUUUAAUUUGUCAGAAGACAUGUACGCUCAAGACAGUAUAGAACUAUUGACAAAUUCCAGAAUCCAAUUUAAAAAUCAUGAAGAGAAUGGAAUCGAACCGAUAGUUUUUGCUGAAUUUAUAAUAACAUCUGGCUUAGUGUUGAUGGAUAAUUUAAAAUGGAUGACAUUCCACAGUAGUUUUGAUUUUGGUUACUUAGUUAAAGUGUUGACUGAUGAAAAACUACCGCAGGAAGAGUCCGAAUUUUUUGAGAUGUUUUCUCUAUAUUUUCCAUGUGUGUAUGACAUUAAGUACCUAAUGAAGAGCUGUAAAAACUUAAAGGGCGGUCUGCAAGAAGUGGCCGAUCAGCUAGAAUUAAAGCGCAUUGGACCUCAACAUCAGGCUGGUAGUGAUUCCUUAUUAACAGGCAUGGCUUUUUUCAAAAUCAGAGAUAUGUAUUUCGAGGGAAUGAUUGACAGUAAAAAAUACUGUGGUCAUUUAUAUGGCUUGGGAAUUACCACUUUGAACAAUGGUCAAUUUCGAUAUGAUAAUGAUUACGAUAUGGCUAUUUAAUUUGUAAAAAAAAAUGAUUGCCAAAAAUAUCAGGUAAAUAUUUUGUUAAUUUGGUUAUAGUUAUUUUUAUUUAUGGUCAUCUAUAAUAAUGAUACCACUACUGUAAGUUUCAAUUUGAAAUAUCCAAAUGAAAAUGUUUUGUUUGCAAUUUAUUUAUUUUAUAUAAGUCUUGUAAUUUUAAAUGAAGUUUAAGAAAUUAUAGUAAGAAUAGUGCAGAAUAAUUAUGUUGAGAAAACAAAUAAAAAUGUAACUGAAUA